AUGCAGAUAUCCAUGGUCAGAUAUGCCGCUUUCCGACUAAUUGAAGCCAGUCUAGAGCCAAAGCCUGGCGUCGAAACACUUUUACACAUCCUCCAGCUGGCGUGCAAAACGGGGCUUAGUUUAUCAGAAGCAAGCAAUAACGCUGGCGCGGGGAGUGUGCUCACGAGUGCUGCAAGGUUUGAGGAAAUGCUGAGGGCUAUGCAGUCCUCGGAAGACACACAGCAAGGUCCAAUGGCGUCUGCUGUCCUGAUGUACUUGUGUAGCCGCAUGGAAGUGGCAUGGAACGAAGGAAAUCACACAUUGGCGGAAUUCAUGUCCAAGAAGAUAGCAGACGAUAGCCAGCGUCUGGCCCUCCUAACGGCCCCAGUCAAGAAGUACAUUGCUCUGAAGUUUCAUAACAUCGGGAGAUCCCUCCUUAACGACGACAGCAAGCAUGCGCCAGAUGCGGUCGGCUGGUUGCAACGGGGGUUUGCGCUCUUAGACAAGUUGCCAGACGAUGAUUCAGGUUCCGGUAUCUCGGAGGUCAAGGUAACUAUCUUCCUCGCUUGCGAUCUUUGUGUGGGUCUCCGUUUGGUUGACGCAGUCUCACCAGAUGUCGAUGCUGCGGACUUUGGGUUGGUCGUUCUUCCCACUGCUCAAGUGAACAAGCUAUCUAACAAGCCUGCGACAGCUCGAGCCUACUUUAUCACAGAAUCGUAUGAUCGGGCAGAAGCUGUCCUGGACGAACUUAUUCCCGUUGUAGAGGCAACUGGAAACAAAGCGAACCCGCAAUACCAAGAGCUUAGGUGGCUGAGGUUAACGGUUUUGAAGCGAAGGAAGGCGUCCGAGUCAACUCUGCUAGAUGCUUUCAAAGCCAUUGUCGACCACACGGGAUGGUCAGAGGCGAACCUCACUGACAUUCUGCAGGAGCUCAGAGCUUUGGCCACCCAUUCAACUCUGGUCGCCCAAGUUCACAAGCACUGUAUACGCCGCGCGGUCAAGCAGAAAGAGGGUGAACCAGAUUUCACCGAUCGAUUAGCACUUUCCAUCAUUUUCCAUUGCUCCAAAGACGACAAUCAUUCUAGGGCAUUGAGAAUUCUCGAUGAAGUCUUCACAUUACUAUCCGAAACGGAUGUCGACUUUAGCAGAGCAUCCGUUACCGCGUGCCUCACUCUCCUUUGGCAGACGGGCGGCCGGUAUUACAAAGCAAAGAAGUGGACCCAAGCAGCAGAUUGGUUUCUGGUUGGGACUCAUUCUUUUUUCAAGAAGAAUGCACCUUCCUGCACGGCGAAAUGCUUUCGAAAGGCGGCUUUAUGCUACAUCGAGCAGCGGGAGUACGCCAAAGCUUCUACCAUCAUCCGCCACUGUCCGAUGGACGAGGCCGCUACCCAAUACAUUGUAUUCUUGACAGCGUUUCACCAAGGUUUGGAAGAUGAAGCUAUCCGAGCGAUUAAGGAUAUUCAAGCUGCCCCGGACUUCGACCGAAGGAUGCUAUUGCUGGCCACACAGAUUUCUCACCGUUCGGAGCUGAAACGUGUCCUGCUCGUAGUGUUGGAAGGUUUGCUAAAAACCCUCAAACUCGGUUCCAACGGGGAGAUAGUAGUGGAAGCAAUGGCGCUGUUACGAUGUAUCAUUAAGCUCAUCCUGGGCCUAUUGGUGGAUCCUUUGGCAAAUCGUGGUGCCCUUAUCGAUACCCUGGUUAGCCACUUUCGUACAGCCAAGAUCCUCGCGCUUUCGGCAUUGGAACAGAAGGCGGUGUCUCUCAUUCAGAAGGAUAUCUCAUGGUUGUGGAGGACUGCCUAUAAUUGCGCCGUCCAGGGUUGCUCCGAGUGGGAAGGGUGUGGUGAACAAAUCUCGGAGUUGUUUGACAUGGCCCGAAUUUUGCUUGAUACGUGCUGGAAAUCGUCUCCCCUUGAUAUUGACAAGGAAUCUUGCGUUUAUCUCGUUAACUCGAUUUUCGCCGCGGUGACUGGGCGAGUUUUCUCCGCGAGAGAAAUGAUUAGUGCCACGGGCAGGAUUGACGACCAGCACCUUCGCAAGAUCAUUGAAGACAUUGGAGAAUCGAAAACUGCUAUACGAGAAGUCUUGUCUAAGCAUGCAUCGGACGAUGACAAGGGCGAUCGAGGGGAAUACAUCCUCCAUGUCUUACGAGUGUUCGAAAUGGAGUUCUUGAUCCAGUUGAAAGAUUGGGAGAGGGUUUCUGCGGUGAUCAAGGAGGUUGUCAAAUCGGGGCCAAUGGCUGUUGGAACCUACGAAGCGUUCGCCGAUCUGCUGUGGGUGGCUGCGGAUUGUCCCGUCCAAGUCCUUCAGGAAUGUCUGGAGGCUAUUCUGAAUGCUAGCUUGGAGCAUGAAUCCCUUUCGGUAGAGAGAUUUGCCCGAUGGCUACGUGCCAUCUGCACUAUCAUUCUGUCCCGAAAUUCUCCAGAAGACAGAACGAAAGCAGUUGGGUACAUUGAACAUGCAGUUAGCGUUAUUCAAGAAUAUGAUUCUGCGAAGGAGAUCUCCGACACGUAUACCCACUUGCUGGCACGUUAUCGGCUGGAAUGA